AUGCAGAGCCUCACGGCAUCCUCGGCCGUCAUGGCCCGCCAGCUCGUCCGCCGGCCGCAGGCCGUGACCCCCACCACCAUGGCCCGCCUCUUCGCCCUCCAGCAGCAGCAGCAGCAGCGCGGCUAUGCGACGCCCAUGGGCCCCCCGCCCAAGGGCUUCCGCCUCGAAAAGACAAAGACGUGGGAGGACGACCCGGAGUCAACCCUCGACAAGGCCGGCCGCUACUUCCUCCUCAGCGAGAUGUUCCGCGGCAUGUACGUCGCGCUCGAGCAGUACUUUAGACCACCAUACACCAUCUUCUACCCAUUUGAGAAGGGCCCCAUCUCCCCCCGGUUCCGUGGCGAGCACGCCCUGCGGCGAUACCCCUCUGGCGAGGAGCGCUGCAUUGCCUGCAAGCUGUGCGAGGCUAUCUGCCCCGCCCAGGCCAUCACGAUCGAGGCCGAGGAGCGCGCCGACGGCUCGCGGCGGACGACGCGCUACGACAUUGACAUGACCAAGUGCAUCUACUGCGGCUUCUGCCAGGAGUCGUGCCCCGUCGACGCCAUUGUCGAGUCACCCAACGCCGAGUACGCCACCGAGACGCGCGAGGAGCUGCUCUACAACAAGGAGAAGCUGCUCGCCAACGGCGACAAGUGGGAGCCCGAGUUGGCCGCCGUCAUCCGCGCCGACUCGCCCUACAGAUAG